AUGGUUCAAAUCAUCGCGGCAAACAACACUAACAAUAAGUGGCUUCUUCUCCAAUACGUAGCGGCGAGCAUCGGAGCUACUGACUGCAAGGCGAUCCUAGGUGGCGGCGAGCACCGAAUUGACCAGCGCAUCGGCUAUGGCGAUCGACACGGAAGUUCUGCCACCAUUGGACAAGGGCAAGGAGGUCGUGCCGCCAUUGGACAAGGGCAAGGAGGUCGUGCCGCCAUUGGACAAGGGAAAGGAGGUCAUGCCGCCAUUGGGGAACGACGUGGUGGUGUAGGAGCCCCCCGCGGCAAGCGGAGGAACUACGAGCACUACCACGAAGAGGCAUGGCCAACCCUCUUCUUCAAGGUGAUCCUUGCUCCGAAGCUGGAGAGCCCGCCUUUACCUCUAGACUUCGUGAAGCACUUCCCCGCCGUCACUACAUACUCCAGGAAAAAUACGUACACCGGGUGCGCAUGGAGGGUCAUGGUCCAUGUUAUCGAUGACAUGGUCACUCUUGAUCAGGGUUGGGCCCCCUUCGUCACCACUCACCGGGUCAGGAUUGGGUACAUGGUGACCUUGAAGUUGCUGACUCCCGACACCCUGACGGUGAUCGUCUACAAUGACGACGACGUGGAGGUGGUCACCAAGUGCAAGAAGUACGAUGACGCCUUCGCCGUGACCGUCUAGAGAGCUCAUGUUGCCCGAUGCAUGUUGUGUUAGGUUCAAGACUAUAUUAUGUGUUGUUGUUUAGUUUAAAACUUUACGGAGAGAGGGACCCGGGUUGUA